UUGGAUCAAUAAAAACAAUAGAAAAUACAAAAAACAAUUAUCACAACACUUAUAAUCACAUCAUUGUKUGGACACUUGCGUUAGGUUAUAGGUGUCUACCGAUARCCACAAACMCCGAUAUAAAAUGGUUGGCCAAUACAAGUGUGACUAUUGUUUGCGAUCGUUCAAAGAUUUACCGCAAAACCGACGCAAACACAGGCAAAGUGCCGAACACGAGUUGGCCCGAAGCGAAUGGUGGCGACUUCGGAGGCCAGCCAUCGAUCGGCUWAGGGAUGAAYUAAUGAAUAAACAGCCAUUUUGUCAACACUAUCACCGRCAYCAGUGUUGCCGAUUUGGCGACCGCUGUCGAUAUAGUCAUCURACAUACGAAACACUUCAACAAUUGAAACAACAGGCCAUAGAUGACCAAAUGCAGGCCAUUAUCAUCAACAACAACAACACAAUUGGUGGUCAAUCGGUAGACAAACAGCAGAUGACGACAGCACAACAGCUGCGGCGGAUGAUUGGGUACUACGGAUUGGUCACAACAAUACGGUUAUUUCAUGCCGUGUCAUCACUGGACAGACAUUGAUGGACACAAAACGUAGGCUAUUAUCGGUACGACAGACUCCCGAAGCGCUUCUACCCGUAUCCCUAUUGCCGGCCACUGUCGACGAGUUUCGGCAAUUGUCUUAUUGUGAUUGGGGUUAGAGGUUAGACAUUACCGUUGAUCUGCUAUUUGUUUGUCUAACACACACACCGAUACUAACCGGUAGAUCCGAUAUCAUAUGAUA